AUGUCGGGCAAGGCGUUCUUCAACUUGCGCAUUGGGUCGAAGGACCCAAAAUAUUCCUUCCUAGAGUCUAAGAAGCACCGAUUAUCUGUCAACGCGUUGCUGACGACUGGCCUUGUUCUUGCGACUCCUGCUCCAUCGGCAACCGACGAUCCUGCCAUGGCGUCCAAUGCCAUCGUACGUAUCAAGGAGUCAGUGACUCAUAAACCACUCAAUACUUCGAUGUGUUCUGGCGAUUAUACUGUACCUCUGGUCGUCCCUGCCACCACCUCUUACACCCUCUCCGCGGCUUCUUGCAUCUCAACGACUGUCAUCCUACCCGCCCCAAAGCCAAAGUCUGUGGAGAAUGCUUCCCUUCGCGCCAUUACCAGUACCCCUCUGAAACGCGUCUCCAGUUCAGCGGUCGGAGUUCAUCUUCCUUUGCUCGUCAACGCGUGGCAUCCUUCCUGCCUAGAUGCGAGUGCAGCCGUUCCCGAAGUGACGAUCGUCCCUGCCGAUGACUUGCAUCCUCGUCACGCGAUGCCCGAUUCAUCUAUCGUUUCGGCGACUCCAGUUGCCAUGGCAUAUGAGCUCCUUGACCAGGCAACCCUGCAAAUCGUGUUCUGCGGUCUGGAGGGCAAAGAGCGACCGGAGGCCUUCCGUCAUCUGCAAUCUUUGGGGAAUAUGUUGAUUCAACUGGUUGUAUUGAUGGAGCUCCCCUCAUUGUUUCCCGGUGCUACGGCUGAUGUAUACAAGGUGAGCUUUUCUCACCUGAUAGAAAACCAAGUUCUUAUCCAAUGGCAGGCGAAAACGGCGCAAAUUCUAUCGGGAUUGGGGUUGCUAGCUGAUGCAGCCAUCGAAUGUGACUUCCCGCAACGUAUCGCUGCUGUUGCCAACCAUGCUUCUAUCGUGACGACACCAAUCCUGGCCGACACAUUUCAAGCGUUUGUUGGGGCUAUCGUCGUGCACAACAACCAUGACAUGACCGUCAGUUACAAGUACUGCCGCGAGGCACUUGUCGCGCAUCUUGAAAGGUCCGCGCUCCUCAGAAGUAUCACCACGCAUGAAGAAAAAAAGGCGGCCGUACCUAGCCGAAGGAGCAAGAAAGGCCGCCUGACCGAGUCGGCGCCUAGAGCCGUCCACCGUAGAGGAAGGGUUUCAAUCAAUGAGAUUGACAGCGCUGCUCAGAUGAAGGUUGAAGAGACCGUUGCAGGAUCAAACUCCUGCUCCGUGCCACAAUCAGCUCAAAACUCUUGUGGUGGAAAGGCCUCCCACCCCAAUCUUCCCGAGCGCCCAACAUUAUAUCCACGGCCUGAUUUUACAGGAAACGAGGAAAAUGGGCGAGAUCGUGCUAACGGGCCCCGGCGCGGGCACGGGGGCCAACGGAAGUUCAAACCCAGGCCAGAGCCGCUACGUCGUGUCUUCGAAAACGAUGGUCUUUCUCCGGACGAACUGCGAAUCAGAGAUGGCUUGCCUCCGCUGGCGCUCAAAGAAGACAGCCCAGGCAACAAGGCUCAGAAACCCGCCGUGCGUAUCCCAGUUGACUUGCAUCCUCCGAAACGCCAGCUGGCAGCAGUGAUAGACGAGCACGAGGACAGUCCGGCCGUGCAGAUCGAAGAUACUUGGCGUCCACCAAAACGAAAAGAAAAGGAAUUAUGCGAGGGGCAUGGUGAGGACACUGUCAAAAAAGCGCAUUCGCCGCAAAGACCACAAAGACCAGUCAAGAGGAUAAAAAGGACAUUUGAAGGCCUUUCUGGAUGUAAGCUGCAGCUCGAUGAGUACAUGCGCAAGCACUAUCCCACUGUGGACAUGAAUUACAAGCCCUGGGGCAUCUUUCAGUUGGGUGUUUGUCGUGACGGCGAUCGCAACAUCGAGAUACCUCUGGUUAUCGGUGCCCCGUUGAACAUCAAGGUGACAGGAGCUGGUCUUACUGCAGCUGACGCCGAGGAAGAUGCCGCUUCACAAGUGCUAAAACAAUUGCCUGCAAUAGAGAGCAAGUAG